ACUAUCUAUUUAUGUCAACAAAAUGAUAACGUAAGAUCAACUAUUUCCAAAGUUGAGUUGAAAGGAUGACCAAGUCUGAUUUUGUGCUGGGUGGGGUGGCGGCGAUGAAUGCGGUGGUGCUCACCAAUCCCAUCGAUGUGGUCAAGACGCGAAUGCAGCUCCAGGGAGAGCUGGCGGCCCGAGGAACCUAUGUGGAGCCCUACAGGAAUAUUGCCCAGGCCAUGUGGCAGAUAGCCCGCAACGACGGACUCCUUGCAUUGGAGAAGGGUCUUGCUCCGGCACUGUGUUACCAAUUUGUCCUCAACUCGGUCAGGCUAAGUGUUUAUUCGAACGCAUUGGAGCUGGGAUACUUGCAGAAUGAGGAUGGCUCCAUAUCCUUCUACAAGGGCAUGUUCUUUGGAGCUCUGGGCGGCUGUACGGGGACCUAUUUCGCCAGUCCCUUCUACAUGAUAAAGGCCCAACAGCAUGCCCAGGCUGUUCAGUCCAUUGCCGUGGGAUUUCAGCACAAGCACACCUCGAUGAUAGAUGCCCUGCAGCACAUUUACCGGACCAAUGGCAUUGCAGGAUUCUGGCGCGCAGCUCUACCUAGCCUGAACCGAACGUUGGUUGCCUCCAGUGUCCAGAUCGGCACCUUUCCAAAGGCCAAGGCAUUUCUGAAGGAUAAUGGGUGGGUCAGCCAUCCGGUUCUCCUCUCUUUCUGUGCCGGCUUAACGUCGGGGACCUUUGUGUCGGUGGCCAAUUCACCCCUUGACGUGGUCACCACUAGGAUGUACAAUCAGCCAGUGGAUGAAAAGGGCCGUGGACUCAUGUACAAAGGCCUGAUAGAUUGCUUUACUAGGAUCGUUAAAACCGAAGGAUUACAUGGGAUGUACAAGGGUUUCUGGCCCAUCUACUUUCGUAGCGCUCCUCACACCACAUUGACAUUUGUGUUUUUUGAAAAGUUGCUCUAUCUGCGUGAUCAUUAUGUUUACCCCCAGCACAAAAACUGAACAGUCUAGUCUCGAAAGCCGAAAGAUACCU